AAAGUUAUCACUUUGGUAGCACGACUUAGAUAUGGCUUCGCAGUUCGCUUCACGUCCUUUCGCGACAUUUUUGCUGGCUUGCCUCUUGGGUGAUUUCACAUCAUCAUUUAUUCUGCCAAAUCUAUUAAGCAGUAUUCUCAGUGUAAAUUUUUCACUCAUGAGACCACCAUUCAUUUCAAUUGCUAGUAGUCGGCCAACGCCAUCUUCGCCCACAGUUUAUGUCAUUUUACCACCUAUUGACGGAGAGUCUGCGACUACGACUACGACUCAAGCUACUCCAACCAUUCCUCCAGAAACGACGACAAUCAGCGCUCCAGAAUUAUCACCUACGGUUGCUACUACGCCUGUGGUCGAGCCUCAACCUAUCAUGGCGAAUGCCCCAGAACCUCCGGGCGGUGUAAAUGGGGAUGCUGCUGAAAGUCCGCCUGCAAACGCACCGUAAAAAACGAAUCCACUUCCUGAAGCAUAGUAGACAACAGACUUCGAUACUUAGCAGCUAACACGUGUUAUAUAUUUGGAUAUCGCAGACGUACUUAACAUUUACAAAUUAAUCUUUGGUACA